AUGGCAACAAACGAAGCUUCUCGGUUGUCACCUGAGGAUAUGGUGAUUUUUUACAAACGUAAGGCGCAAUCAAUUUAUGCACAAGCGCAAUCGAUUGAACGGGCAAUCGAAGGUGAAAAAAUUAAUCCAUUCACCGAAGUAGAUUUAAAGGUACGGUUGGAGUGCCUCGAACAUAUUUCCAGCACGUUUAACUUGGCUCAUGACAGCUUAGAGGAGCUCAAUUUUGACGAAAUCGGCGGAGCACUGCGUUCAAAUUUUGAAGAGCUACUCCUUUUACUUCGGUGUCGUAUACGGCGUGAAAUUCAUAAACGUCAAUCUCAAAUGCCAUCCUGCUCAACCAUGCGGCACGAUCCGGUUUUGGAAGGGCAAACAGUUGUUUUGCAAAGUCGACCACGUUUGCCUGAGCUCAGACUGCCUAUAUUCAGUGGAGGAUAUACGGAAUACACAGAUUUCUUUUCCUUGUUUUCAACCGUUAUAGACAAGGAUCCGGACCUCACGGAUGUCGAGAAGUUGCAGCACCUACGUUCAUAUCUGAAGGGUCCAGCUCUGGAUGCAAUUCGUUCGUUGGAGAUGAGUGGCAACAACUACUCUGUGGCUCUAGAUUUGCUUAACAAAAGAUUUAACAAUAAGCGUCUUAUUUUUCAGGCACACAUCACUGAGAUUAUGGGCAUCAAAAAGGUGGACACUUCUUCAGCGGUGAAGCUUCGUGAAUUAUCCGACAAGGUAAAUGCAAACCUGCGCGCUCUACGCACCAUGGGGAAUUCGGAGCAAAUAGCGGGGUGUAUAAUCGUACACACUCUUCUGCAAAAAGUCGACAGUAUCACGCAGGCAAAUUGGGAGGAAGCUGCGCCGUUAGAUCUCAUACCCUCAUGGGAGCAGUUUACAAAUUUCCUGGAGAAGCGUUGUCAAAGGCUGGAGAAUGUAGAACAUUCCAUGGCAGCGUAUACUCGUGGCUCACAGGUGGGAAAAAAUAGUAGAACUAUUAACCAUGGUAGAAAAUCAUUUAUUGCUACUAACAAUACAAACAAUUCAACCAAUGGCUGUGUUUUUUGCGACAACACAGACCAUGCUGUAUAUUCAUGCACCCGUUUUUUAAAUUUAUCUCCACAACUCCGUCUUAAGGAGGUCAAAAGGCUUGCUUUGUGUUUAAACUGCCAUAGAAAAGGCCAUCAGCUUCGAACGUGCAAUGCUGGUCUAUGUCGUACGUGUGGAUCCAAGCACCACAGUCUGCUACAUAUCGACUCCUCUUCUUCACCAAUGUCGUCACAAGGUCCUGCAUCUUCAGUGCAAGCAUCCUCCCAAUUAGCACCUCCAAACACCUCUAAGCUUGUUUCAACUUCAGUCGCACACCACACCUUGGCUGCAAUCUCACAAACAACAUCAAUUGUCACAUCUGCUCAGAAUCUCAGUCAUGAUGUUGUGCUUCUAGCCACUGCUGUCAUCAAUGUUAAGAACAGCGCAGGUACAUGGGUGCCAUGUCGUGCACUGCUCGACUCAGGGUCGCAGUUGCAUAUUAUAACGUCUCGUCUUGCUCAUCAACUGCAGUUGCGAAAAACCAAGUCAUCCACCUACGUAUCGGGUCUUGGUAAUGCAAACUUCGCCUCUGAUGGUUUGACUGUCAAUAUUACUAUUCAGUCUCAAAACUCGAAGUACUCUACCUGCAUUACAGUGUUGGUUGCUCCUAACAUAACGGACAAUCAACCCUCUUUUACUUUGGAUAUUUCUCAUUGGAAAAUACCGUCGAACAUUUGUUUAGCAGAUCGAGGAUUUUUCAAGUCGCAACGAAUAGACAUGCUUAUUGGAGCCAGCCUCUUCUAUGAUCUCUUAUGCAUUGGACAAAUAAAGUUAGCUCACGGUCUACCGUGCCUACAGAAAACUAGGUUAGGAUGGGUUGUAACAGGUGGUGAAUCGCAGCGGCAAAGGGGAGCGAUAUUGGCCGCACAGUCAUCACUUGACAUAGGUUACGAAUCCAAUGUUCAAAUCGAUCAACUAGUACGUAGAUUUUGGGAGGUUGAAAGUUGCUGUGAAUCUGUCGCCACAUACUCCAAGGAAGAGCUUGACUGCGAGGCGCAUUUUAAGGCCAAUUAUUUGCGUUUGUCUACAGGGAACUAUUCGGUCCGGCUACCAGCAAAAGUUAAUAUUGAUCUCUUGUCGCAAUUGGAUCGUAUACCACGUCGCGCAGAUUAA